AUCUUGAGUUUUCCAUUGUCGGGUUGUGCCGAAAUUAGGUUUUCGGAUUUGUAACUUUUCUCAGAAACAAAGAAAAUAUUAUAAGAAUUUCAAAGGAAAUAACUCUUUAAAUCACCUAUAAUUGUUUAAAUUAUCUAGCCGACAUAUUUGAGAAUUGAUUGAACAUAUUUGAUAGUUGGAAAUUAAUAUUGUUUUAUAGAAUUUUUGAGUUUGAAAAAUGUCGUCAAAUGAACUAGAAAAAAUGGAAACGGAAGAAACUCCAGAUAUCACUCCAUCCGAUCAAAAUAUGGAAGACGAAUUGCGAAGUGAGGCAACCUUCCAGUUAACCAUUGAAAAUUUUAGUAAAUUAUCGGAGACAAUCCUUUCGGACGCGCAUUAUGUCAGAGGAUUACCGUGGAAAAUUAUGGCUAUGCCCAGAUCAGCGAACGACAAAGACAAAUCGUUGGGGUUUUUUCUGCAAUGUAACGCCGAAUGUGACUCAAAUUGGAACUGCUCGGCAACCGCUGACUUGAGAAUGUUGAGCUUUAAGAAAGAUGUGGCACCCGUGUCUCGAAAAAUUAAGCAUAUUUUCUACAACAAAGAGAACGAUUGGGGUUUCUCAACAUUUCAAUCGUUUUCAGACAUCCUCGAUCCAGAGAAAGGCUACAUACAAAACGACACUGUCAUCCUAGAGGUUCAUGUUCAAGCUGAGGCACCACAUAACGCUUAUUGGGACUCGAAAAAAUUGACUGGCUACGUUGGACUCAAGAAUCAAGGAGCAACAUGUUAUAUGAAUUCACUUCUUCAAACUCUCUACUUCACAAAUGAAUUAAGGAAAGAAGUUUAUAAGAUGCCAACAGAAGCUGACGAUAGCAGCAAAUCUGUGGCUCUCGCAUUACAGAGAGUCUUUCACGACCUGCAAUUCUCCAACAAACCAGUUGGCACUAAAAAGCUAACAAAAAGCUUUGGUUGGGAGACAUUAGAUUCAUUUAUGCAGCAUGAUGUUCAAGAGUUUCUUCGUGUCCUUCUAGACAAACUCGAGAUAAAAAUGAAAGGAACGUCAAUUGAAGGAACAAUCCCAAGGCUCUUUGCUGGUAAAAUGAUUUCUUAUAUUAAGUGCAAGAAUGUGAGCUACAAAAGCACAAAAAUGGAAACAUUUUACGAUAUUCAACUGAAUAUUAAAGGAAAGAAAAAUGUUGCUGAAUCUUUUGACGACUACAUCUCAACAGAGAUUUUAGAUGAUGAAAAUAAGUAUGAUGCAGGAGAGUAUGGCUUACAGAAGGCUGAAAAAGGCGUCAUUUUCUCAUCGUUUCCACCAAUUCUUCACUUGCAUUUACUUCGCUUUCAAUACGAUCCAAUGACAAACAAUUCGGUGAAGUUCAAUGAUCGAUUUGAGUUCAACGAGAAGAUUAAUUUGGAUAAGUAUUUAGAGAAGCCAGAAGAUACACCAGCAAAUUACAUUCUUCAUGCUGUUCUCGUACACUCGGGUGAUAAUCAUGGUGGACAUUAUGUUGUGUUUAUUAAUCCAAGAGGUGAUGGAAAUUGGUGCAAGUUCGAUGAUGAUGUUGUGUCAGCUGUUCCGAAGGCAGCAGCAAUUGAUCAAAAUUAUGGCGGGACUGAAGACGACUUCAUGCUUAAUGUUCGCAAUUGUACCAACGCUUAUAUGCUUGUUUAUGUUCGUGAAUCAGCAAUGAAGACAAUUCUCCAGGAAGUCACUGAAGAGGACAUUCCGUCGGAACUUAAUGAGAAGUUAAAUGAAGAGAAGCGUAUGGAGGCAGCUAAACGAAAAGAGCGCAAUGAAGCAUCAAAUUAUAUUAAUGUCAAUGUCAUCUUGGAGGAUUAUUUUGAAUGUCAUCAUGCUGGUGACUUAUUCAAUGCUGAAUCGGCUCAUUAUCGUUCAUUUAAAGUCAAACAGAACUCAACACUCCUCGACUUGGUGACACUCAUUCAAACAACUUUUAAAGUUCCACUCACAAAAAUGAGAAUUUGGUCGUUUACGCCGAUUGGUCAUGGAAGUGGAUCAUUGUAUCAUCACAACUCAUCGAAUCAGAACUUAACAUCAAAUGGAUUGACAAUGGUUGAUUUUAGUGAUCAAGAAUUGAUGCAACAUCCGAUUACAUACUUUUCACGUGAUCAUAAUCCUUGGGUUGUUUAUUUGGAAUUGAUGCCACCGGACAUUGAUGCGGCAACAUUCCCGCCAUUCUCACCAAACGCUAAUCAACUUUUAUUCUUCAAAUAUUACGAUCCUGUCAAUAAAAGUUUAACUUACGCUGGUUCACGUAUUGUUGCAAAUGAUGAAAAGCUUUCUGAUCUUACGCCUGAACUCAAUAAGUUUAUUGGAACACCAACAGAUACAGCAUUAGAUUUCUACAAGUACAAGGGAAAGGUUGAACCUCAUUCACCUAUUGGAUCUUUCGUAAAAAAUGGCGAGAUUUUAAUCUUUGAACGAAGCGAGAAAAUUGUCAACUUGGAGUUGCCGACUUAUAUCGAUUAUUUCAACGACUUGCAGUAUCGUGUUGAUGUUACGUUUAUUGAUAAAAAUAUACAAAACGACAAUGGUUUUACGAUUGAACUUUCUUACAACUCAAACUAUGACCAAAUGGCAAAGGCUGUCGUGAAAACGCUUCUCGAUGAAGCUGCAAAGGUAAUAAAAUUUAGUGACAACAGUUCACGGAAAUUACGCAUUUGUGAGCAGCACAAUUCAAAGCUUAUCUGGCCAAGUCCAAUCGACACGACAUCGUUAGAUAAAUUACAAAUUUAUUGUGAAGCUGCCAGUCAAAAUACAUCGCAAAAGUUCUUGCGCAUCGAGGAAAUUCCAGUAGAUGAGAUUGACUUGGAUGAACAGAUUGAAACACUUGUGCCCGUGCUUCAUUAUCAUAAGAACCUUUUCACGACCUUUGGCACACCGCUUUUGAUAAAAGUUUGUGAUCAAGAGACAUUUAAGGAUGUUAAGAAUCGAAUUCAAAAGAAAUUGAAUAUCUCACAAUACGAAUGGGAGAAAUACAAAUUGGCGAUCAUCCAAAACAAGACCGUCAAUCCUGUUGAUGACAAUGAUAAGGUUGUUUUGGAGAAGUUUCAAAUAGCAGAAGAAGGCCAACGUUGUAUUCUCGGCUUAGAUCAUACAAACAAAAAUGCUUAUCCCACAUCUAAAUUAAAUAUCUUCGAAAAGUCUAUUAAAAUCUACAAUUAA